GGAGAGGCAAAGCCCAUGGGUGACACCUCCAGGCCCAAGCCUGUUGCUCUGUGGUGGUGAGCAGUGGUGUAGGAGUGCCAACCUGCCCCUCUACCUGACCCCAGAGCUGCACCUCCCGCGAGCUGCUGUGCCCGGCAGCUCCCUCUCAGAACUUGCUGCCAAGAACCCUGAACAGGAGCCACCAUGCAGUGCUUCAGCUUCAUAAAGACCAUAACGAUCAUCUUCAAUACCGUCAUCUUCCUCUGUGGUGCGGCCCUGCUGGCUGUGGGAAUCUGGGUGUCAGUGGACGGGCCGUCCUUCGUGAAGAUCUUCGGGCCACUGUCGUCCAGUGCCAUGCAGUUUGUCAACGUGGGCUACUUCCUCAUCGCCGCUGGUGUCGUGCUCUUUAUUCUCGGUUUCCUGGGCUGCUAUGGAGCUCUGUCUGAGAACAAGUGUGCGCUCAUGAUGUUCUUCUUCAUCCUCCUCCUCAUCUUCAUUGCUGAGGUUGCAGCUGCUGUGGUUGCUCUGGUGUACACCACAAUGGCUGAGGAAUUCCUGUCCAUGCUGGCAGUGUCUACCAUCAAGAAAGAGUAUGGCGCCAGCAAAGACUUCACCCAAGUGUGGAACUCCACCAUGGAAGGGCUCAAGUGCUGUGGCUUCAAGAACUACACAGACUUUGAGGGGUCGCCCUACUUCAGAGAUUAUCAAGCCUUCCCUCCAUUCUGCUGCGACAACAGCACAACCCUCUGUGACACGCAGACGGCCGAGGAAAGUAAAGUAGAGGGUUGCUUCAAACAGCUUCUGUACAACAUCCGAGCCAAUGCCGUCACUGUGGGUGGUGUGGCAGCUGGAAUUGGGGCCCUGGAGCUGGCUGCCAUGAUUGUAUCCUUGUACCUGUACUGCAACCUGAAGUAAGUCUACUUCUGCCUCCGCCACUACUGCUGCCAUGUGGGAACUGGGAAGAAGCGCCCUGGAUCCAGGAGCAAUGAUCAUGGUGGGGAUGAGACCUCACAGUGUCACUUGGGCUGCGAUGGACCUGUCCUUGCUGCUUCAGUCUCGGAGCUAAGUAGGGACCAACCCAUUAGGCUGUGCCUGACUUUUCCUUCUAUUGGUGUGGUUGAGGUGCACCUGAUCCAGCUGGUCUGAUGAAGCCAGUUCUCCUGGCCAUCCUUCCACCUGUUCCUUCAAACCCUGACACUCCCUAGGCCAAGGGAAGCUCUUGAUGAUCUCAGUACUCUGCUGGAAAUGAGAGAAAGGCAAUUUAUAUCAUGAGCAUAUCCAAAAUCAACAGAGCCACAAGGUGGACGUAUAGAAAGCACUUCAAAUCUUAUAAAUUAAUAAAAAGUUUCUGUUUGGACUCUGUA